GAUGCGGUAGACUUGAAAUCUGCACCGUCGCUUAUUUUAACGCUUUGCUACAACGGUCGAAUUUGUCUCCGAUAAAUUAAAAUAGAUCACCACGGACCACAGAGAGAGAGAGAGAGAGAGAGAUGGGUAGAAGGAAUUCGCGACGAGCGAUCUCCAAAGAUGCGAAGAAAAAGAAGUUGGGAUCAUCGAUCUCAGAAACCCUAAUUUCUUGUGAAGAACGACGGGGAAAGGAAGAUGACGAAACAGGUGUAACGAAAGAAGGAAAAGGAGGGUUCUUUGCUUGUUACCUGCUCACUUCCCUCAGCCCCAGGCACAAAGGCCGUACCUACAUCGGAUUUACGGUGAAUCCAAGGCGUAGAAUUAGACAGCACAAUGGGGAAAUUGGGAGUGGCGCAUCAAGGACCAAGUCUAGGCGUCCCUGGGAAAUGGUUUUCUGCAUCUAUGGUUUCCCUACCCAUGUAUCUGCUCUUCAGUUUGAAUGGGCAUGGCAGCACCCAAGAGAGUCACUUGCCGUGAGAGAGGCAGCUGCAACUUUGAAAUCCCUCACUGGGCUAGCCAAUAAGAUCAGGCUUGGAUACAAAAUGCUCACCCUUCCGGCCUGGGAGAACCUGAAACUUACAGUUAACUUUUUCUCAACAAAGUACACAAAGCAUUCUGCCGGUUGCCCUAGCCUACCAAAGCACAUGAGGGUUCAAGUUUGUUCCUUGGAUGAGCUUCCUUGCUAUACAGGAACCGGUCAUAAUAAUAUAUUCGAAGAUGAAGAUGAAAGGCAUGAUGAUGAAAUGUGCAAAACUAUGAGUAGUGAGAAUGGAUCUAGAAGCGAAGGAUCGACUGUUGCAGAAUUUGAAGAUGAAGAUGAAAGGCAUGAUGAUGAAAUGUGCAAAACUAUGAGUAGCGAGAAUGGAUGUGGAAGUGAAGGAUCGACUGUUGCAGAAUUUGGUGAUUGGAGGAGGACUAUUGAAGAGACUACUUGUAACCAGAAUGGCAUAGGGAUACAAGAAACCAUUGGCAGAAGACAGUCAGGAGGCUUGCUUGGUUCAACUGAAGGAGAUAGACCACAUCCACUUUUUACAGCUCCAGCUCCAGUGCACGAGUCAUCUUCCGUUACCACUAGUUCGUUUAGUGAAUCAGAAGGAAGCAAAAAUAGAGAGACGGUUAUACUGAUUGAAGAGAAUAAUGGGAUAGAACUUGAUCGGCUGGUGAGAGCUGUUGAUUAUGACGAACCUUCAAUUUUGACUUCAGUUUUCCCUUGUGAACUUGAUGUCAUAGACUUGUUAUCCCCGACCCCUGGGCACAAAAUUAGGUUAGGUAGGAAGAAGAGAAAAGUUUCAGAUGUCGGUCCUGAAACAAUUGACUUAACGAAAUCACCCAUUUUUGUUUGAAAUUUGGAUUUGUUGGACAUGCAACCUUUGGUUGCUGAAAUAAGAGAAUUAACAGAGGCUAGUGCUGCUGUUCUAUAAAAGAUAAAUGUUUUAUGUAAUUGCACACAGAUUGCACCAAUGUGUGUGUGGUUCCCACACUUAUUUGAGUGUUAAUAUGUAUGGGUAUAUUACCCAUUGGUGAA